AUGGAGAUCAAACGGGUGUACGUGAAAACGCGCACCGAGUUCGGAAAGCAUUGCAUGUUCGAUGUGCGUGGGCCGCAAAUGGAUGCCAUUAUCCAUCCAAACCCCACCGAUAUGAACGACUAUAUCAAGAGGAGUCACUGUCACGUCGAGGUGCAGCACUCGAAGCAAUUGGCAUUGCACGAGGUUCAAACGGACAGUAAAACGACGAAAAAGAGCGGAAUGUUUCACUUCGAGGGCGGAUGGCCGAAGGAUAUCAAUCCGCGAGACGAAGAAACCACCAUGAGGUUUCGACGAAGGAUCGAAAAGGACGACAAUUGGGCACCGAAGCUACGUUACUUGUUUCAGAUGAUGGAGCACUAUGUUCUUCAAAAUGGCACGGUGAACAUUCACGAGUACUAUUUCGACAAUAUGAUACCAACACCCCUGGUACAGCCUUUUGGCUUUAGAACCGUGAACUUGUACAAUGAUCCAGAGACGCCGAAGAGGCCGGUGACCAAUAUCUCCUGGUCUCCGGAUUCUGGCAGCAGGAUAGUGGUAUCUUACUGCUUCUUGGACUUUGGGAGGGUGCCAGAUUACAGUAAAAAGCUGUACAUCUGGCAGGUCGACAAUCCGAACGAACCUUACAUGAGCCUGCAGCCUCCUACACCGUGCGUGUGUUGUGAAUUUAAUCCUCGAGAUCCUUCCGUCCUUGCCAGCGGUCUUAUGACGGGCCAAGUCUGUAACUGGGAUAUCAGGACCGGGAAUACGCCUGUACAGUACUCUAAUUUGCAAUACAGUCACAGGGAAUUCGCGAACGCGGUGAAGUGGUUACCAUCGAAAAGCAAUACGGAAUUUUUCUCAACGUCGACUGACGGUUGUGCGAUGUGGUGGGACACGCGACAUCUCCAACAACCAACCGAAAUUCUCAUGAUCGAUUUCGAGAAUCCAAACGAGCCAAACAUGGACCACGCGAUCGGUGUUUCAUGCCUGAAUUUUGGCCCGAUGGUGGGCGCGAAAUUUAUGUUUGGUUUGGAGAACGGCGUUAUUUUAACCGGAUCGAGAAAAGCGAGAUCGAAUGCAGAGAAAAUGGCGAUUAGGUUCACAAGCCAUUUUGGUGCGGUCAAGUCAGUCGAUCGAAAUGUCUUCAAUCCAUCGAUAUUUAUGACCGUCGGGGAUUGGAGAGCUCGAAUCUGGGCGGAAGACACCAGAGAAGAUUGUUUGCUUUCCACUCCGUAUGUUAAAUACCCAACGGGUGGCUGCUGGAACAAGACAAGGCACUCUGUUUUUUACGUGACGACUGGCUCUGGACAGUUGUUAGUCUGGGACAUUCUUCAAACUCUUCGGGAACCAGUUUUCACGUUGCAGUUAUGCGAUGAAAAGCUAACUUCUCUCGCGCCGUGCGAAGAAAAUACUCUUUUGGCGAUUGGCAACUACGUCGGUAAGGUAUUCCUGGUUGAACCAACGGAUUUCUUUCAGUCGUUCGACAAAAAGGACAGAGGUGUCCUUUCAGAGUGCUUAGACAAAUGCUCGAAAAUUACGAAGGCAGUGGAUUCACGAUUAAAGGAAAUCAAAUUGACGCAGAAGAUGGCGGCUGAGGAUUAUAAUGCAAACGUUAAAAUCAAGGACAAAUUUAAGGGGCCAAAGAAAAUAUCGGGGAAGGCGAAAGGCAGGGAGCCGAACUUUAAAACGAACAGGAAUCGAGAGAGAACUGUAUAUAGGGAAAAGAAGAAGACUCGAGACAAUGGUUUGCAGAUUUUGGAGGCCGAGAGGAGAUACUUUGACGCUGUACAACAAGGUGUGGAAGCUUACGCGUUUGAAACCAACCCAGACAUAAUUCCUAUUGUACAUAUAUUUGCCACAACGAAGAAAGCCGAAAAAAAGCGAAAAUCCUCACGGCCAGCUUCGGCCGGUCGCAAUCGCGGUCCCGUCUCCGUUGAAGCGAAGAAGACUGCAAAAAAGUUUGUGUCAAAGGAGCCCGUUGGAAUUCAAAAAGCGGAAAGACUAACCUGCAAAGAACCGAUAUCUCUAUUCGAACUAUCGGUACGACGUUCGAUACAAUCGAUGAAGGAGGACGUAUUACCGGAUCUCAGUUUAAAGAUAGACAAGAAGACAAAGAAGAGGAAAAAGCGCAAGCGACUCUUCGUGCUGCCACGGCCUUGCGAAGGGGAGAUUUGCAAACCGAAAGUCUGUUGCUGGAGACCCAGCAUGGGAUAUAGAAGGGAAGAGAAGCCGAAAGAAAAGAAAAAAUCGACUUUGGACAAGGAUUCUACCGUUUCUAUUAGAUCCUCGACGGAUGGGCGGAAACGUCGUAGGAUGAAAGGCGAUGUGCUUAGGGAAAUGCGGGCUCCGCCUACACAGCUCUGGGAGGAUGUCUUGAAGGCCAAGGCAGAGAUUCAAGUAGCUAGAGAAAUGUGGAAGAGGCGCACUAUCCGAUUGUCCGUGAAAGUCAGGAAGCGACGUCCUAGAAAAAUAAGAGUGGUAAAGAAAUCUACGGUAGAUGAACCAAAAGAACCAGGCAAAGAAGAGAAAGGGGAUAUAAGAACGGAGGAAUCGAAGGAAGAAAUGGCGAAAGUGAGAAAAGCGAAAGUACCGGAUCCUUGCAGCCCCCCGCCGGUAAAAACUGCCGAUGAAUUAUACUCGGAUAUCCUUGGUACUACCCCGCCACAAUUGCAGAAGGAGAGAAUCGUAGGCAAAGAUUACCUCGAAACGUACGCUCGUAGAAAGGCCAGAGUUUAUCCACGAAUUUCGGAGUUCGGGCAAACGAAGUAACUGCCGCAUCGGAACGGUAGAACUCUAGUUAGUGGUAGCUGUUAGUACUUUGCCAACUGGAAAAAUACGAAACGAUAGUAUUCGAUGAGUGACGAUCGAUUUUCAGAUUUCUUGAUGACACGUUCCUCCUCGAUUCGGCUCUCGAUAAUCGAGGAUAGGUUGCAGUCUUAGACCUAGUUUUAUCGAUAACAAGAUUUUGGUAGUCGCUGUACAUUUUGACUUGGAAAUUUUGCUUAGAUACAUUGAGCAAUUUGCUCGUUAAUAAACCUUGUAAUUUAGAAUGACGUUUCUUUUGUACGAUGUAAUUUAUUUUGGCCAAUGUGGAAGCGUGCCAACCGUUGCAUGGCUUCUACUUGCUAGAUAUUUAUCGCGUUACGUUUUGUUCCUCAAGAAUUUGAAUUAAAUUCCUUGCGAUUUUCCUUCGCUUUUUUUCAUUCCGUGUAAACGCGGAAUAGUCUCGUGCUCAGAGAAGAAUAGGGAGAAAAUAAUUUGUACUCCUCCUCGAUUAAACGAUAGACGCUGCGUUAGGGAAUUUUAUUAUUAAUAAAAUAAUUACGAUUAGGAGCGAGAAUAUUAGGUUUGUGUAUAUACAUAUAAUUUUAAGAAUUUUAUACGUGUACUGUACGCAAAG